UUUUGGAUCGAACUGCAGAUUUCGGCACGUUACAGCUGGCCGGGAUGUGGGAGCACCUGGCCUUUCUUCUGGAGGGAGGCCAAAACCCUGCAUGAAAUUCUUCAGGUCUGGCAUUGCUAUCAAGGCAGCAGUUUCACUCUCACAUCAGCUUUCGAUGACAUGGAAGUGAAAAAUUGCUGCAGCCGAGUCCUCAGUACUUCAGGAUGCCCAUUUGGUGAAUCUUGCCACUUCCUACACUAUGUACCCGGGGGCCUCAGUUCAUUGGGUCUGUCUCCUGUAGUCUCCCUCCCAGCUACUUCAGCUACUGCUGCCCAAAGGAAACAGCUCGGGCCCAUUGGGAACCCAAGUGCUGCAGUUGGUGGCUUCAAAACGAGGCUAUGCAACAGGUACAACACUCCUGAGGGCUGCCGGUUUGGUGACAAAUGUCAUUUUGCACAUGGGGAGAGUGAUCUGCGGUCACCAAACAAUCAAUCUCGAGGGAACAUCCGACGAGGUCCAGUUGAAGGACCAAGAGGAACAGGACCUCCUGGAUUCAAUGAUGGCAGCUCUAGCUUCUCAAACUCGGACACAUUUGGAAACUCGGACUUCAAUUCUCAAGGCUAUGGUGAGCAGAACCCAACUGGUGUUGCAGUUAAUGAUGGUUCUGCAAACUAUGCAGCUGGUCCGGUUGGUGAAAAUGUACAGGUGUAUUAGUGGGGGUAACUAGGUAGGCACUAUGGUUGGUUUUUAUCGACCAAACGUGCAUGUGGUGGUUAUUAAUUGGCAGAUUGAUAAAUGACUAGAACUUUGGUUGGUGAAGUAUCAGUCUGCUGGAUCAUAGCUGCCAUCUCAGUUUUAUAAGAACCUGUUAUAUUUUUGUAGUAGUUUGAGACUGGCCUUUGCAUUCAUUCAGAAACUUGGUCUGAUCACUCCCAUGGAGGAAUGAGGUAGCUGUGGCAGCUGCAAUGCCUGUGAGUUGUAUUUCUUACAAAUUACUGGGACACGUGAUGGGAGAAAUUAGUUGUAGCAUUUCUUAUAGGUCCUAUAAUAUUGAAAGGGCAGUGAUUGGUGUCACAAUUGUUUAUGAUGUUUUCUGAAUGCACAAGACAGAUUGGAGCCA